AUGGUGGUCAUGGGUACAACAAUGGUGCAGAAUAUCUCAUUACUAUAAUCUCGGAGCAGUCCACCGGUAUCCUCUGCGGUGCACCAGGACCUUCAAAGGAAAGGCGACAGAACGUCUAUGCAAACAGAGAGGAGCAGCGCCUGCGAUGGUUUGGACCACAGAGCCAUCCGAUAAGGGAAGCAAUGGAGUUCGAGGCUCAAGGUAA